CGUCACUUCCGAGUCUGAGAGCUGCAGAAGGCAAGAUGGAGCGGAGUGGUAUCGAGGAUUUGGACGCUCGGCUUCAAGCGCUGGAAAAGCGGGUUUGCGGUGAACAUGGGAAAAAUAACAGACCAGCAAAGUGUGCUGAGUCUCUGGUGAGAAUAAACACUGCCCUCGCCAACACAGCAAACAAGAGGGAACGAGUCAAGAUUCUUCACAAGAAAAUUGAAGAUUUGCUGAAGUAUCUCGAUCCACAGUUCACGGACUAUAUUGCUGUGCCCGACGCCAUGAAACUUGAGUUUAUAUUAGCAGAGGAGGACUUCCUGCGCUCCCAGGCUGCCUUGCUGGAGCAGGUGAAUAACCUGCAGCCUCUGCUGGACAGUAAUCACAUUAAAGCUGUUCCAGAACUCACUACCAAAGUGCAACGACUGUCUCAGAUUCACAUCGAGCAGCAGGACCAAAAUGAGGAGUUAUCUGCAGAAGUGAGAAGGCUGUUUGAAGAAUACAACAAAAUGAUGUUUCUUUUAUCAAAACAGUUUACCCAGUGGGAUGAAACCCUACGGAAACUGGAAGCACCCAAACAAGACCAGCCCAUUGAAUAACAGAACAGUGCUUAAUAUUUCACAUUUCACAGUUCAUACUGUCUUUUCUCCUGUACAUUUGCUCCUUUUUUGCUUACUGAUGACUUGCAACUCUUUAUAGUUUUCAAAGCUGAAUAACAGUCUAAGCUUUAGUCGUGUCUAUGAUGUACUCAAGCUCAUUAUACUGAGUAAUAAACCAGAAAUGUUAUUAUA